AUGCUUCCAACAAGUAAUACAACAAAUAUCGGUGGUGUUAAAAUGCAAAAACUCAAAUCAAGUGAAGAUAUACAUGCUAAUUCAUUAUUUGUUAUAAAACGAGAUGGUCGAAAAGAAUAUGCUAUGUUUGAUAAGAUUACAUCACGUAUAUCAAAACUUAGUGAAGGUCUUGAUCUUGACUAUAUUGAUCCAGCAGCUGUUGCUAUACAAGUUAUCAAUUUUCUUCAUCCCGGUGUUACAACAGUUGAACUUGAUAAUUUAGCAGCACAAAAAGCUGCUUCAAUGACAGUCAAACAUCCUCAUUAUGGUAUAUUAGCUGGACGUAUUGCUGUCAGUAAUUUACACAAAGAAACAAAAACUUUAUUUAGUGAAGUUAUUGCUGAUAUGUAUAAUCAUAAAAAUCCUGAUUUGAAUACACAUGCACCAAUUAUUUCAAAAGAAACAUAUGAUAUUGUCAUGGCGAAUGCAGAAAGACUCGAUGCAGCUGUCAAACAUGAACGUGAUUUUGAUUUCAAUUAUUUUGGUUUUAAAACACUUGAACGAUCAUAUUUACGUCGUAUAAAUAAUGUUAUUGUUGAACGACCACAGCAUAUGCUUAUGCGUGUAGCUGUUGGUAUUCAUGGUGAAAAUAUUGAUGAUGCUAUUGAAACAUACGAUUUAUUAUCAGAAAAAUGGUUUACACAUGCAACACCAACACUUUUUAAUGCUGGUACAACAAAAGCACAAAUGGCAUCAUGUUAUUUAUUAACAAUGUGUGAUGAUAGUAUUGAAGGUAUUUUUGAAACAUUACGUCGAUGUGCAAUUAUUUCAAAAAAUGCUGGUGGUAUUGGACUUGCUGUUAGUUGUAUUCGAGCUAAUGGAUCAUAUAUUGAAGGAACAAAUGGUCGUUCGGAUGGUGUUUUACCAAUGAUGCGUGUAUUUAAUAAUGUAGCUCGAUAUGUUAAUCAAGGUGGUAAACGACCUGGUGCUUAUGCACUUUAUUUGGAACCAUGGCAUGCUGAUAUAUUUGAAUUUUUGGAUGCAAGAAAAAAUACAGGUGCUGAAGAAAAACGUGCUCGUGAUCUAUUUCCAGCAUUAUGGAUACCAGAUUUAUUUAUGCGUCGUGUUGAAGCUAAUGAUAAAUGGACAUUAAUGUGUCCACAUCAAUGUAAACAUUUACAAAAUGUUUGGGGAAAAGAAUUUGAUGAUUUAUAUACAAAAUAUGAAGAAGAAGGUCUUGGACGUCGUACAAUAAAAGCUCAAGAAUUAUGGUUUGCUAUUGUUAAUGCACAAAUUGAAACUGGUACACCAUUUAUGUUAUAUAAAGAUCAUUGUAAUGCAAAAAGUAAUCAACAACAUCUUGGUACAAUUCAUUGUUCAAAUUUAUGUACAGAAAUUGUUGAAUAUACAUCACCAAAUGAAGUUGCUGUAUGUAAUUUGGCAUCAAUUGCAUUAAAUCGAUUUGUACGUUCAGAUCGUACAUUUGAUUUUGAUAAACUUAUUCAUGUAACAACUGUUGUUGUACGUAAUUUAAAUAAAAUAAUUGAUGCAAAUUUCUAUCCAUUAAAAGAAGCUAAAACAUCAAAUCUUCGUCAUCGUCCAAUUGGUAUUGGUGUUCAAGGUCUUGCUGAUACAUUUUGUUUAAUGCGUUUUCCAUUUGAAAGUGAACAAGCUCAACAACUUAAUCGUGAUAUAUUUGAAACAAUUUAUUAUGCUGCAUUAAAAUCAAGUUGUGAAAUUGCUAAAAUCAAUGGUCCAUAUGAAACAUAUGAAGGUUCACCUGUUAGUAAAGGUAUUCUUCAAUUUGAUAUGUGGAAUGUUGAACCUUCGAACCGUUGGAAUUGGGCUGAACUUCGUAAUCAAAUAGCACAAUAUGGUAUUCGAAAUAGUUUAUUAUUAGCACCAAUGCCAACUGCAUCAACAGCUCAAAUUCUUGGUAACAAUGAAUCUAUUGAACCAUAUACUAGUAAUUUAUACGUACGACGUGUACUAUCUGGUGAAUUUCAAGUUGUCAAUGAUCAUUUAUUAAAAGAUUUAACUGAAUUAGGUUUAUGGAAUCCAGAUAUGAAGAAUCGUUUAAUGUAUGAAAAUGGUUCAAUUCAAAAUAUUGAAAAUAUUCCAGAUCAUAUUAAAGCAUUAUAUAAAACAGUCUGGGAAAUUUCACAAAAAGUUAUUAUUAAUAUGGCUGCUGAUCGUGGUGCUUUUAUUGAUCAAUCACAAUCAUUAAAUAUUCAUAUUGCUGAACCAACUAUGAAUAAACUUUCAUCGAUGCAUUUCUAUGCAUGGAAAAAAGGUCUUAAAACAGGCAUGUAUUAUUUACGUACACGUCCAGCAGCUGAUCCAAUUAAAUUUACUGUUGAUAAAAGUCGUAUAGUAUCAACAAUAAAAACUGAUGGGGCAAUUGAAAAAGGAACUGGUACACAAGAAGAAACAGCUACGACUGAAGAACAAAAUCUUGUACGACGAGUAAAACAAUGCAACAUGACAGAUGAAAAUGGUGCUUGUCUUAUGUGUUCAUCAUAA